AUGGAGACGAACGACAUUCAGGCGGCCUCUCGAGGCGCAAAGUCAGAUCACUCGCACGAGGACGUCAGUGCUCAUGACAAUCGAGUUGAGCAAACAGGGCAGGAGAGCGCGCAGCUUGAUCCAGACGACAAGCGCUACCUCCGCCCGCUUCCCCUGAUGAUGCUAUUCCUAGCCACCUCGCUUACCGGCUCAUUGGUCCUCAUGUACGCUCUAAUCAUUGCUACGGCAAUCCCAUCCAUCACGGCUGCUUUCAACACGAUUGAAGAUCUGGACUGGUAUAGCACUGCCUACCUUUUCGCGACAUGUUCCGUACAACCUCUUGUCGCCAAGCUUUACGACCUGUUCCGUCUUCGUGACGUCUACGUAGCCAGCAUCGUCCUCUUCGAGGUUGGCAACGUGAUUUGCGGCGCAGCCCAGACCAGCGCCAUCUUUAUUGGGGGCCGCACGGUGGCAGGCCUCGGAGCUGCGGGCCUCUUUUCGGGAGGCCUGGUGAUGCUGACCGUAGCGUCCCCCCCGAAAUGGCGGGCGCCCUUGAUCGGCGGGGGCAUGGGGUUGAUGAUCGUUGGUGGCGCACUCGGGCCGCUCAUCGGUGGCGCACUCACUCAGCAUCUUGGUUGGAGAUGGUGCAUGUGGAUCUUCCUGCCUCCCGGAGGUGUAUCCGCCUUCGCCUUCCUCUUCCUCCGCGUGCCCGAGCAGCGCAAAAAGGCGCCAGCCAAGGAAGUCCUGCCCAUCCUGCCCAAGGCAAUGGACCUCAUAGGAUUCGCCCUCUUCGCACCUGCGGUCAUCAUGCUCCUGCUGGCUUUCAGCUGGGGCGGCGGGCGAUAUGCGUGGUCAUCAGCAACCAUUAUCGGGCUCAUCUGCGGCGGCUUCGCCAUGACUGGCGUCUUCUCCGUGUGGGCGUGGUAUCGCCAGGAAAAGGCGCUAAUCCCACCCAGCGUAUUCCGCAAGAAGGUUGUCUUUUGCGGAUGUGCCGUGGCGUUCCUGCAGGUCGGUGCCUUUGCCACUCUGGGAGACUACCUCCCGUUGUGGUUCCAGAGUGUCAAGGGCGCGACGCCUACAACCAGCGGGCUGAACAUCUUACCCACGAUGAUCACCCAGCUUCUUGCCACGGGGUUUUGUGCCCUCUGCUUCAACAAGCUUGGCUACGCCCCUCUCUGGGCGCAAACAGGCAACGUCCUUGCAGGCUUGGGUUCAGGUCUCAUGACCACCUUCAACCCUUCGACUCCAACCGGCCAGUGGAUUGGCUAUCAGAUCCUGGUGGGUAUUGGGCGGGGCUUUGUGAUCCAGAUCCCUCCUAUUGCCUUGCAGAACACACUCCAAAACGAAGAACUGGCCACCGGGACCGCGCUCCUCAUCUUCUUCCAAUAUUUUGGCAGCUCCGUCUUCUUAUGUGUUUCAAAAACAGCCUUUCUCAACAGGUUGAUUCCCGCACUACAAGAGCAUGUUCCCGACGUCGACCCACAGGCCAUCAUCAACGCCGGCGCAACAGAUCUUGAGAACAUUGUGGAUGGCUCCGAGUAUAAUGCAUUGAUUCAGGCGUACAGCGACGCCUUGGUCACCACAUUUUGGCUUUCAGCUGCAGCAAGUAUCAUCGCAUUCUUUUUCAGUUUUGGCUUGGGAUGGCGAAAGGUGGAGCUCCAGACCAAGAAGAUGAUGGGCAAUGAAAGUGAAGCCAAAGACGGCGAGCCCGUCACUGCACCACCCAAGCUUCAGUCACAAGGUCAUGGUCACUCAGGGAAUGAGAAGCCCGUUCAGUUGUAG